CAGACAAAUAAAUUCCUUCCGCCGCUGGAUUUCUUCACCGACCAACAAUAACCAUUCAUGGCGAAUCGGAGUGACGAUGUGACUAGGUUAAUGGAUCGAGAUGUUGGUACGAUACCUAAUUAUUCUGGAGAAGAAAGCUCUGGGAGGGAGGAGUCUGAAAGCUUUGGAAAAGAAAUCUAUAUUAUGGAUUUUAAGAGAAGUGGCGAGGGUGUUCUUGCUGUAGCUUCUACCACUUAUUCCUUGAAUGAAUUGGUCGAGUUCUUGGAAUCCCCGACCGUGAAGAUUCCUGUUGGAGCUCUGGACUUAGGAACGAUCACCCCUGUGGAGAUCUGGAAGGCCUUUGAAAUGAGUGACCGGAAACGCUACUUCUCCACUAUCUUGGCCUUUGAUGUGGACGUUACUCCUGAGGCAAUUCAACUUGCGGAACAGUUGCAAGUCAAAGUCAUCUGUGGUGGUAUGCUUGAAAGGCUGCAUUACCAGUUCAAAGAACAUAUCGAAGAGCUGGGAGAGGACCCUAUAAUGGAGGAUGAAGCAAUCUUCCCAGGCAUCCUCAGCAUCUUACCCAAAGCUGUGUUCAGCAAGGAAGACCCUAUUGUCCUCGGUGUCUUAGUUGUUGAGGGUUUCAUUAAGGUAGGAGUUCCCAUAUCCUAUGUCCGGACUGCUGGUUGUCUGGAUUUAGGACGUAUUGCAUGGAUUGAGAAACACCGCCAACCCGUCGAUGUUGCUAGUCUAGGCGAUACCGUCAUUAUCAAGAUUGUUGCAUCAUCAAACCCGGAAGAAAAGAGACAAGCACUUAGCUUUGGAAGCCAUUAUGACACUAGUGAUGAUAUCCUUGUCACUCGUAUUUCUAGGGGAUCUCUCUUUGCCCUCCGAGAUCAUCACAAGGAUAAACUAUCCUUCAGCGACAUGAAAGUGCUUUCUGAUCUCAAACGCGUUCUCAAUAUCAAGUAAUAUAUGAGAGACCACGCAAUAAGGGGACUCAGUUGAGUGUUCGCCAUCCCAUUGCUAUCUUAUCGCUCACUCUUUCAUCACUUGCUAUGCUUUAUUUGCCUAGCCUAGUGCUAAUACUUUUACUUAUAUUGCCAAAUGAUAAGAUUAUAAAAUAGUUGAGUAAGUUUUAGCGCUAUUUCUU